UCAGAGGUAGUGUAGGCGUGUUCAGAGGAUCCUGCAAACAUUAACCAGGUGGUUUUUUUUCUCCCACAUUUCCCUCUCAUUUUCCUCCUCACAGCAGCGCUGGAGUGACUUUGUUGUGUGUCACGAGGAAUCAAAGUAACUUUACUGGAACGAUGCGGGAGCCGAGCACCAGCAUCUCUUCGGAUCUAGACCCCUGAAACCCGCACAAACUCCACUCAUGGCCCCCGCCUGGCCACCGGCCACACUUAGUACUUUAUAACACAGAGAUCUGCGGAGAUCACGGGACGGAAGCUUCUUAAAACGAGCAGCUGUUUGAUCCAGAUGGCGGGACACGAAUGUGAUGGCUGGUUUGAACGGGAGGAAUUGAUCGGGCAGAUCAGCGACAUCCGAGUGCAGAAUCUGCAAGUGGAGCGAGAGGUGGUGCAGAAGAGGACGUUUACCAGAUGGAUGAAUCUACAUCUAGAGAAGUGCAAUCCUCGUAUGGAAGUGCGGGACCUGUUCCGUGAUAUCCAGGAUGGGAAGAUGCUGAUGGCUCUUCUUGACGAACUCUCAGGAAGCAAACUACUGCAUGGGUUUAAGCCGUCCUCGCAUCGCAUUUUUAGGCUCAAUAACAUCGCCAAGGUAUUGGCCUUUCUGGAAGAAAGAAACGUGAAAUUAGUCAGCAUCGAUGCAACGGAUAUCGCAGAUGGCAAUCCAUCCAUAGUGCUCGGGCUUAUCUGGAAUAUCAUACUGUUUUUCCAGAUCAAGGAGCUCACGGGGAACAUUAAGAGCCAGUUUCCAUCGUCCUCCAGCUUGUCGUCAAUCCCGACCAGCUCCGAUUCAGACACGUCCCACUCCAGCACACCCACAGAUGAGAGAAAGCCCACUGUCGCUCCACGGGGUCAUGGGAAGGUCAUCAAAACCCUCCUGCAGUGGGUCCAGAGACGGACUAGAAAAUAUGGAGUUGCUGUGCAGGACUUUGGGAAGAGUUGGACGAGUGGUCUGGCUUUUCUUGCUGUGAUAAAGUCCAUUGACCCCAGUUUAGUGGAUAUGAGGAGGUCUUUUCUCCGAACACCCAGAGAGAACAUUGAGGAGGCAUUCAGAACGGCACACUACAGUCUUGGCAUCCCGAAACUCCUUGAACCAGAGGAUGUGAUGCUCAAUCCCCCCGAUGAGCAGUCCAUAAUGACCUAUGUGUCCCAGUUUCUGGAGCACUUUCCUGGAAUUGAGGAGGAUGACACAUCAGAUAUUCGGGAAAGAAGUAAAGCCAGAGCUCGUAUGGAUGAUGCUCCCGUUCGGAAUGGAGUACAGAGAAAACGGGAGACUUAUAUGGUUAAGAGAGACUCAGUUCAUCCACCACCCAAGAUCUUCAUCUCCUCAGUGUCUGAAGAGCGUGAGCAGAUCCCCUCCCCAGUCCUUUUGCAAACCCCUGAGGACAGACCCUGGACCCACGAAGAGUCGACAAUGGGCCCAAGUCCAAGUCCUGCCAAUGACCAGCCUGUUUAUCCUCCCUUGGACUUGAACAAAGACACACCCACAACUAGCUCACCACAACCUUCAUUGUCGGAUUCUGCUGUCAACUCUCCAGACUCAUGGAGUGAGGUACAUAGUGAGACUACUAACUCUCAUCGGGUUACUGAGGAGCCAAUGAGUGAGAGAGAUACGACGGGUACUGUUGAAGUGACCUCAGAUUUAGGGUCUCCGUUUUCACCAGAAAGCACACCAGAAAAUCAAUUGGACCGCGAGCUUUUCAUUGACGAGGGCAACUAUUCCCUUGGCUCCAUGGAUAGUUUACAUGCCAAAUCCAUUGCAGUAUCUGAGGAGGACGAUGCUUACAAAUACAUCCUAGAUCUGAAAGAAGAACAGUCCAAUAAUCCUUUGCCCAGGGAUGAAUCUUGCUUAGAAGAUUCCAAAACCAGUCCUUCGGGAUACCAUGAAGGAGAGAAACCAACUUCUGAAGUUCCUUCAUGUUUGGAAAGUGACUCUGGCUUCUUUCAGGAUAGUAAGGAAGGCAUUCCAGCUCAACCUGAGAUUGGAAGUCCUCUCCUGUCUCCAGUUGAUGAAGAAAUAAUAUCUGAUCCCUUUCAGGACGACAAUGAGUCUUCGAAUACACAAGCCAUUCAGAGGGACACUCUCGAAAGGACAGAUGGACCCGAGAAGAAACCGGUCACAUUUGAGUAUGACAGUGAGCCUGAGUGCCCAGUUCUGCAAUACGAGAGAGUUUCUAUAUCAGGAAGUGAGGAGGAUAUUAAGCUGUGCACCGAUCUGACUGAAGAACCAACAGAGGAACCGAGCAAAAACGAUCUAGCAAAUGGUCAUUCUGAGACCAAUGAGGACAGUGACUUCAAUCAUGGUGAACAAGCAGGUGUCUUGAAAAGUGAGGUAAAGGAUGUUGUAUUUGAUGAUCAAGAAAAAACAGUUUCAGAUCAGAGCCAAUCAGAUGUUGAGGUUCAUGAUGAAGAUCAGGUGUGUUAUAUGUGUGGAGGUCCAGUGAUGAAGAGUUCAGGUGAUUCUUGUGAACAGGGGGACUAUUGUCUGUCUCAUUCAAGCUCAACCGAGAGAGACUGUAAUUCAGAUUCGAGACAUUUCACUGAAUCAGAUGCAGGUGGAAACUUUGAGGACAAUCCAAGGGAGCAGAACAAUGAAUUAAAUGGAACUGUAAGUGAUCUCAAGAAUGAGCCAAGAGAGAGGAAAGGCAUUCGCGAAGAUCGGCUUGUUAUAGGUAAGAGCGACUUGGAAAAUGGGUCAGACGGCAUAAGGAGGACAGAGUUUUCCCACAAUAUAAAUGGUGAAAGUCAAGCUCAGGUUUCAGACAAUACAGUGCCUGGAGGAGACCAGAAUAACAGACCUUUAUCGGUAGUGGACUCCCGGAAAUCUGUCACAGAGGCCUUACUUGACCCUCUUUCAGACUCUAACAUCACUGAUGGAGAAAAAGACUCUAUAUUAACCCAAAGCCCACUCAGACAUUUUCCAGAAUUGUCCAGCAUUGAGUCACUAAUUGAACCGGAUACCACCUGUGAGGACGCAGAACCCAUUAUUGGUGUCCGUGGGUUCCCAGAAAGGCGUCCUGCAGAGUUACGUCUGUCCCUCAGCAUGACUCCGCUUCAGCCAGCACCUCCAAAGCGCUCAUUUACUGAAUCAGAUACUGACACUGAAGAUGCAUCAGAAGACCACAGCAAUGGAUAUAAGUCAAAAAAGGGCAGAGCAGGAUCUUUGCUACUCCAGGAGCAAAGCCCGUUUGACAGGCACCCGGGAGAAUGGGGUGCGGUGGAGCCCGAUUCACCAGCUGAGCAUUGUGAGCUCAUUAAGACAGAUGACGACUUGAUCGGCGCUGGUGCCAGAGAAAACACUGGAGCUCUGAGGGAAGGAACUGUGACGGAUGCAAGCCCACUUUUGACUACUAUACAUUUGAGAAAGAUCGAUGACUCCAGUGAAUUAAAGGGACAAAAUGGGAAGACUUUAGACGGCAUCAAAGUGGAUGCUACUAUAAUCAACAAAAGCUCAGAGAGAAAGAGUCCAGAAAGCACAUCUGAAGCCUUGUCUGACCUUGUGUUCAUCCUCUUGGCUGCGUGGCUCUUCGUUUACUGCCUUCUUGUCCUGCCUCAGAUUGAUUCAAGGACGCUUCCUAAACUCCUCUUCAACAUGGACGAAUGAUUGCAAUAUUAACCAACAAGAAAAUUCACUCUCACGCUCUCAUACAUCUGCUUCAUGAUAGAAAAGAGCAGUUCACCUGAAAAUGAAAGGGCAGGCAUUGUUUUAAAGAUUUCAGUGUAAGAUGAGGGUGAGUAAAUGUUGACAGAAUUAAGUUUAGUCCAUUGUCCAUUAAAAGAAUAUUAUAAUUAUCAUUAUUUUAAUUGCAGUUCUAACUUUUCCUUUUAAUUCAUUUUCCCACUUAUAAUUACGAUUUUUUUAAAUCUGAAGAAAAAAUUUAGAACUUUAAGAUUCUAGGAAAAAAUGUGUAAGAUAUGGACUUAUAUUGAAAAAAAAGUCAAAAUAAUUUUUUUUCACACACACACAAACAUACAAAAAUGAAAGAUAAAAAGCUACAAAUGAAAGAUAUAAACUUUUGAAUUUUAAUGUAAAUAAUAAAAAUAAAGUACACUAAAUUCUGAGAGAAACGUCAGAAUAAACUCAAUGUUGAGAUAUAAAAAAGAUUUCUGAGAAAAAAAAUUGGACACUAAGAAUUAUAUACUAAUUUGCAAUUUUUCUUCAUUGCAGUAAAGUUGGUUUUAUAUCCGCACAUUCAGACAUUCUUCUUUAUAAUAUAAUUUCAGAAAAGUAUUAUUUGCCUAUUGUAAAUAGGGAAAUCAUAUUAGCAGCUAAUGAAUAUUAAAGUACAACAUUGUUCACAGUCAAUUUUAUAAUGUUGUUUUAAAGUCAUACUAAAGGGGGUCCAACACCAGAUGUGCCGCUCGGCGACGCGCCAUGAAUUUCAGAAUUCUAAGCAUAGGUUUCUAUCAGGGUAUGCACACCGGUGCCACAAGUCGGUGGCGGCUUGGGACACUGUUCAUAUUUCUGCCGCGUCACAGAGCGCUAUCUCAUUAGUUUAAUUUGAAAUUUAACAUGCGAAUGUGUACGUCUGGUGUGCGAUACUUUCAACAGUCAUGUGCGCGCCGGGGCACAUCCAGUGUGCGACCUGCUCAAGGCUGCAUCCGUAAUCGCCUACUACUCAGUAGGUACUGCAUUUGAAUUUAAAUGUACUACUCGACCGUUAGAAAAGUACGUUCUAUACCGUAUGAAUGCGAGUAGUAUGAAUGUAACUUGGACUUCCUUUGUCUGGCUUUUUGUCAUGUUCACGUGACCUACACACAUCAGUUGCGUCGCUUCAGUCCGAUACAUAAAUUCUCUCAUGGGGCAUCAUGGGAUAGCAUAGCAUGUAUCUAUUGCUGCAUCUCAAUUUGCAUACUAUCCAUCCUAAAUAGUAUUCAAAAAUAGAAUUAGUAUGUCCCAAACUGUAAAAUGUUGAAAAGAAUAUGCCAAAGGUUCCCCGAUGGUUUACAAUUUCCGGUAAAAACCCAUAGGUCUCAAACUCAAUUCCAGGAGGGCUGCAGCUCUGCAUAGAUUUGCUCCAACCCUAAUCAAACACAGCUGAUUUUGUAGUGUCUAGUAGUCUUAAACAUGUUGUUGAUUAGUUGGAUCAGCUGCUUUUGAUCAAGGUUGGAGCAAAACUGUGCAGAGCUGCAGCCCUCCAGAAAUCUAAGACCUAUGCUCUAACCACUAAUAUUGCCCACAAUACAUUGCACGUCGGACGUGAAUUUGAUUUGAACUACAAACUCGGGUAAGAAAAAAAAAUGUAAACAAACUACAAACAUGGCGGAUGCACAAGAUUAAGCGUCAAGUAGAGAAGCUUUGGUAAAGUUGUUUAAAGGACUGUUAAUCAAUAUCUAGGUAGGUAAUGAGGAUGAUGUGUCGGGAUGAUUGCCGAGGCAUAGAUACGCAUCAUAAUGAUCUGUUAUUAAGGAAGUAGUAUGUCCCAAAGCUUGCAUAAUCUUCUGUCACACACUCAAAAGUAUAUAAUUUUCCUUUACAAAAAAGGACAUACUUUUAGGGCAUAGUAUACAUGUGUAAAUUUGAAUGCAGCAACUGUUUUAGAGUACUAUAUAGUAUUGAAGUAUGCGAUUUCAGAUGCAGCCUUAAAGUAUAUAUAGUUUCAGACUGAUUAUUAAAA